AUGUCCCUCCUGCCACACCACCCCCGUCCCGUCCCCUCCCUCCUGCGCGCCUUCACAGACCUAGACAACUACCUCACUACAUCCACCGCUACAGAUUCCCUAUUUGCAAAUUCUCCGCGCUUUGACCUCCGCGAAACCAAAGAUGCAUAUAUCCUAGAUGGCGACCUCCCCGGCGUCAAGAAAGAAGACGUCACAAUCGAGUUCACCGACCCCAGCACGAUGAACGUCAGGGGUCGCACUGUACGCAGUUCCGAGGGUGAGGAUGGGAACUGGUGGUUCUCCGAGCGCACGAUGGGAGAGUUCCGUCGCUCAUUCAGUUUCCCGGCCAAGGUGGAUCGGGAGCAUGUGGAUGCGAAGUUGACGGAUGGGGUAUUGUCGAUUCAGGUGCCGAAGGUUGGGGGGGAGGUGGAGGAGGAGAGGAAGGUGAUUGAUAUUAAGUAA